CCCGGAAGCGGCUGUCCCCGGGCUCCAGCCGAGCGGACCGGCGCGGCGGCCCGAGCUCCAGCAUCCCCGGCGCGCCUCCCUCCCGGACUGCGCGCCCCGGCCGCUCGGCAAGAUGCUCCCUGUGCACCAGCAGGCGAAGCCCAACCCGCUGCAGGACGCCAACCUCUGCUCGCGCGUGUUCUUCUGGUGGCUAAACCCCUUGUUUAAAACCGGCCAUAAGCGGAGGUUGGAAGAAGAUGAUAUGUAUUCAGUGCUCCCGCAAGAUCGCUCAAAGUACCUUGGAGAAGAGCUGCAAGGGUAUUGGGACAGAGAAGUUUUCAGAGCCGAGAAGAAUGCACACAAGCCUUCUUUAACAAAAGCAAUCAUCAAGUGUUACUGGAAAUCAUACCUAAUUUUGGGAAUUUUUACAUUCAUCGAGGAAACCAUCAAAGUCAUUCAGCCCUUAUUUUUGGGGAAAGUUAUCAAUUACUUUGAAAAUUACGGUUCCGCAGAUUCCAUGAGUUCGUACGAAGCUUACGGCUACGCCACGGUGCUGGCCAUCUGCACGCUCUUUCUGGCCAUAUCGCACCAUUUGUACUUUUAUCACGUUCAGUGCACCGGGAUGAGGUUAAGGGUAGCCAUGUGCCACAUGAUUUAUCGGAAGGCACUUCGCCUUAGCAACGUGGCGAUGGGGAAGACAACCACGGGCCAGAUAGUCAAUCUGCUGUCCAACGAUGUUAACAAGUUUGAUCAGGUGACGAUCUUUUUGCACUUUCUGUGGGCGGGACCACUCCAGGCCAUCGCAGUGACAGCCCUUCUCUGGGUGGAGAUCGGGGUAUCGUGUCUUGCUGGGAUGGCAGUUCUGAUAAUUCUCCUGCCUUUGCAAAGCUGCUUUGGGAAGUUGUUUUCAUCACUGAGGAGUAAAACUGCGGCCUUCACGGACGCCAGGAUCAGGAUCAUGAAUGAAGUUAUAACUGGAAUAAGGAUAAUCAAAAUGUAUGCCUGGGAAAAGUCAUUUGCAGACCUUAUUACCAGUUUGAGAAGGAAGGAAAUUUCCAAGAUUCUGAGAAGUUCCUACCUCAGAGGGAUGAAUUUGGCUUCGUUUUUUGUUGCCAAUAAAAUCAUCCUGUUUGUGACCUUCACCAGCUAUGUGCUUCUUGGCCACGUGAUCACAGCCAGCCGUGUGUUUGUGGCGAUGUCACUGUAUGGGGCAGUGCGGUUGACUGUCACCCUCUUCUUCCCAUCAGCCAUUGAGAAAGUGUCAGAGGCAGUCAUCAGCAUUCGCAGAAUCAAGAACUUCCUGUUACUUGAAGAGAUAUCACAGCACAGCCUUCAGGAGCCAACAGAUGGCAAAACGAUAGUGGACGUGCAAGAUUUCACUGCUUUCUGGGAUAAGACGUUGGAAACCCCGACCCUCCGAGGCCUUUCCUUCACUGCCAGACCUGGAGAACUGCUAGCUGUCAUAGGCCCUGUGGGAGCCGGCAAGUCUUCACUGUUGAGCGCCGUGCUCGGGGAGCUGCCCCCGAGUCAGGGGCUGGUCACCGUGCACGGGAAAGUCGCCUAUGUCUCCCAGCAGCCCUGGGUGUUCUCUGGAACUGUGAGGAGUAAUAUUUUAUUUGGGAAGAAGUACGAAAAAGAACGAUAUGAGAAAGUAAUAAAGGCUUGUGCUCUGAAAAAGGAUUUACAGCUUUUACAAGAUGGGGACCUGACGGUGAUAGGAGACCGGGGAGCCACACUGAGCGGAGGGCAGAAAGCACGAGUGAACCUCGCAAGAGCUGUCUAUCAAGACGCUGACAUCUACCUCCUGGACGACCCACUCAGUGCAGUAGAUGCAGAAGUUGGCAAGCAUCUGUUCCAGCUGUGUAUUUGUCAAACCUUGCAUGAGAAGAUCACAAUUUUAGUGACUCAUCAGUUGCAGUACCUGAAAGCUGCAAGCCAUAUUCUGAUACUGAAAGACGGAGAAACGGUGCAGAAGGGAACUUACACUGAGUUUCUGAAAUCUGGAAUAGAUUUUGGUUCCCUUUUAAAGAAGGACAAUGAGGAAGCUGAACAGUCUUCAGUUCCAGGGACUCCAACACGGAGGAAUCGAACCUUCUCAGAGUCUUCCAUUUGGUCUCAGCAGUCUUCUAGACCCUCUUUGAAAGACGGCGUUCCAGAAGGCCAAGACACAGAGAAUAUACAGGUAACACAACCAGAGGAGAGCCGAUCUGAAGGGAAAAUUGGCUUCAAAGCCUACAAGAAUUACUUCACAGCAGGUGCAUCCUGGUUUAUCAUCAUUUUCCUUAUUCUGCUAAACAUGGCAGCUCAGGUUGCCUAUGUCCUUCAGGACUGGUGGCUUUCCUACUGGGCAAACGAACAAAGUAUGCUGAAUGUCACUGUACAAGGGGAAGGAAAUGUAACUGAGAAGCUAGAUCUUAACUGGUACUUGGGAAUUUAUGCAGGUUUGACUGUAGCUACCGUCCUAUUUGGCAUAGGAAGAUCCCUGUUGAUGUUCUACGUCCUUGUUAAUUCUUCACAAACUUUGCACAACAAGAUGUUCGAGUCGAUCCUGAAAGCUCCAGUAUUGUUCUUCGAUAGAAAUCCAGUAGGAAGAAUUUUAAAUCGUUUCUCCAAAGACAUUGGACAUAUGGAUGACUUGCUUCCCUUGACAUUUCUAGAUUUCAUCCAGACAUUGCUGCUUGUCAUCGGUGUGGUGGCCGUGGCCGUGGCAGUGAUUCCUUGGAUGGCAAUACCCAUGAUUCCCCUUGCUAUCAUUUUCUUCAUUCUUCGGCGAUACUUCUUAGAAACGUCAAGGGAUGUCAAACGCCUGGAGUCCACAACACGGAGUCCGGUCUUUUCCCACUUAUCCUCUUCCCUCCAGGGACUCUGGACCAUCCGGGCAUACAGGGCUGAAGAGAGGUGUCAGGAGCUGUUCGAUGCACACCAGGACUUACACUCAGAGUCUUGGUUCUUGUUUUUGACGACGUCGCGAUGGUUCGCCGUGCGUCUGGAUGCCAUCUGUGCCAUCUUUGUCAUCGUUAUUACCUUCGGGUCCCUGAUUUUGGCACAGAAUUUGGAUGCUGGGCAGGUUGGCUUGGCCUUGUCCUACGCCCUCACCCUCAUGGGGAUGUUCCAGUGGUCUGUUAGACAAAGCGCCGAAGUGGAGAAUAUGAUGAUUUCAGUGGAGAGAGUGAUUGAAUACACAGACCUAGAAAAAGAAGCGCCUUGGGAGUAUCAGAAACGCCCGCCACAAGGCUGGCCUCCUGAAGGAGUGAUCGUUUUUGAUAACAUGAGCUUUACGUACAGCUUAGAUGGGCCUGUGGUAUUAAAGCACCUGACAGCACUCAUUAAGUCAACAGAAAAGGUUGGAAUUGUGGGGAGAACAGGAGCUGGAAAAAGUUCCCUCAUCUCAGCCCUUUUUAGAUUGUCAGAACCUGAAGGUAAAAUUUGGAUUGAUAAGAUCUUGACAACUGAAAUUGGACUUCAUGAUUUAAGGAAGAAAAUGUCAAUCAUUCCUCAGGAACCUGUGUUGUUCACUGGAACGAUGAGGAAAAACCUGGAUCCCUUUAAUGAGCACACGGAUGAGGAACUGUGGAACGCCUUAGAAGAGGUACAGCUGAAAGAAGCCAUCGAAGAUCUCCCUGGUAAAAUGGAUACUGAAUUAGCAGAAUCAGGGUCCAAUUUUAGCGUUGGACAGAGACAGUUAGUGUGCCUCGCCCGGGCAAUUCUGAAGAAAAAUCGCAUAUUGAUUAUUGAUGAAGCGACAGCAAAUGUAGACCCCAGAACUGAUGAGUUAAUCCAAAAAAAAAUCCGGGAGAAAUUUGCUCAGUGCACCGUGCUGACCAUCGCGCACAGACUGAACACCAUCAUCGACAGCGACAAGAUCAUGGUUUUGGAUUCAGGAAGACUGAAAGAAUAUGAUGAGCCAUAUAUUUUGCUGCAGAAUAAAGAGAGCCUAUUUUACAAGAUGGUACAGCAGCUGGGCAAGGGGGAAGCCGCUGCCCUCACCGAAACAGCAAAACAGGUGUACUUCAAAAGGAAUUAUCUGGAUAUUGCUCACACUGGCCCUGUGAUUAUGAACACUUCCAACGGACAUCCCUCAGUCUUAACGAUCUUUGAGACAGCACUGUGAUUCUACCUGAGAUGUCAAGUCAACGUGUCCCAAGGGUGUUUUCCCAUAGUUUUUGCACUGGAUAAAGCUACAUUAUACUUAAAAAAAAAAAAAAACAAAAACUAGCAAAAACAUGUGCACAUGCAAGAUGGCAGUGUAUUUGGACACUGCCCUUCCCAACUUUAUCCAGUGAUUUCAAGCUCUAAGAAAGUGGUUUUUAAUUUUUAUUUUAAUAUUAUAAUAUCUUAAAAAUCCAAAUCAGAGGUGCAGGCCACCAGUAAAAACAGGGUUUGGUGCCUUAAUAGACUCCAGAGCCAAAGCCCAUUCAUUGUGUAAGGAAUGGGGCAAAGUUGUCACAGGUUAGUUUCUGUUUUCCUGUUGACCCCAAAUUAUCUAUUAGUUUCCAGUGAUGUCAGCGUUUCUACUUGAAAACUGUGUGAAGGUUAUCAUUGUUUUACUACUUUCUUUAACAUAACUAGGAUCUGUUGUGUCCCCUAAAGGCUGCUAAUUAAAAUAGUGCAGAUAAAACUAACAAAUUAUAUAUGUGCAUAUAUAUAUAUAUGUAUAUAUAUAUAUAUAUAUAGAGAGAGAGAGAGAGAGAGAGAGAGAGAGAGUCUGCCACCCCUCCAAAAGAUACAUGGUUAAAGUAUAGAAGGAAAAUGUUUUGGGUUCUAAUAAGAAAGACAAAAUAAGGCUUUCUCAAAACGGAAGCCCUUCUAUCAAAACGGGUUUUAUAACAGAGAAUGAAGGUGGGGACGGCCUCAUCCUUAGAGUUGCCUGACUUGGACAUGGAACUGUGUUGUGGUUUCAAACUCAGCAUGGUGACAUUUUCCAAAAAGGCCAAACCUCUGAGUAUAACUCCUAAAACAUGUAGUAUUAUUUUGAUUUAGAGUUCUGGUUUACAGCAGAUAAGCCUUCUGUUGACUAUAAUCUUUUUUGGUUUAGCUUUUCUUGAAAUCCUCUCAAAAUUGCAUGCAUAGACUCUCCUGAGUUGGUGAGAAAAAAGUGAAAAUCGUUGCACUCACUGACUGUAAUUAUGCAGUACUUUCUCAGGAUGCAUCGAGAGGCUCACUUUGAUGAGCCUGUCCAGAUCAGUUUACUUCUGACCACUAAUAGAGUUUCUUUAGGUCAUUCUGGUUAGUGAAUCAACAAACCACAACACUUCCUAAGCCAAAAGUAAUUCAUUUGAACCAUAGGCCUUUACAUUUUCUUCAUGGUGGCAACUAUGAGGUGUUAAGUUCAAGUUACUGUCACAGUUUAAAGUGGACUUGACCUCUCAGAAGAAGGUGAAACCACCCUCAAGUUGCCUAUAUUAAUUCACACACACAGACACACACAGGUUUGUGUACGUGGGUGUGUGGAUAUGGGCUAUACAUAAAUGCCUACAGAUAACAGGUGUUUAGAUUCAUUAACAGAACAGCUGCUUUGUAAAGUGAAGCGUAAAAAGCACACAUAGCAAAUCACCAAAACACAUUAAGUGAUGUGGCUGUUUGACGCCUUGUAUUUGGAAGUCUGUGAUUAGUGUUUAGUCCAAUAAAUCACGCACACUAAGUUGUUUAUUAAUAGUUAUGUUUAGUAUUUCAGAAGACUGAAAUGACAGCAGUGAUGAUAAUGAGGUCUGUUUAAACACUAGAAAUGUUUUAAAUGUAUAUAUGUUUAUUUGGUCUGUAGAGAUCAAAGACAGUCAUAUAAAUAGGUUUCUGUUUCAUUUCUGUUUUAAUGUCAUCACGGGAUUUUUAAUGAAACAAAAUUCAAUUGAAAUAAAUGACGGUUUUCAUCUCUA